AUGAGCACAGACUUCGAACGUAUCUUUUUGAACCAGUCCAAGUCCAGUGGAAGGUUCCGGAUAGCAGAUUCCGGUUUAGGAUGGAAGAUCUCUAGCAGCGGUGGUUCGGCCGCAGGACAGCAAAAAGCACCAUUACUUUUGCCAGCAACGGAGCUGGCGUCUGUGCAAUGGAGCAGAGGGUGCAGAGGCUACGAAUUGAAGAUAAAUACAAAAAAUCAGGGUGUUGUACAGCUAGAUGGGUUCUCACAAGAAGAUUUCAACCUGGUGAAAAAUGACUUCAAAAGAAGAUUCAACGUCCAAGUUGAGAGUCGUGAUCAUUCCCUGCGUGGCUGGAACUGGGGGAAAGCCGAUAUGGCUCGGAACGAGAUGGUCUUUUCGUACAAUGGAAAGCCAACCUUUGAAAUCCCAUACGCUCACAUCAGUAAUACAAACUUGACAGCGAAGACUGAGGUGGCCGUCGAAUUCGAUCUCACAAAGGAAGACUACAACCCAGCGGGCGACGAGCUCGUGGAAAUGAGGUUUCACGUUCCAGGCACCAUUGAGGAAGAUCAGGAUGACGAACAAAUGGAAAAGCCAAAAACCGAUGGCGAACAAGAAGGUGUGGAAGUACAAAAGGAGCAAAAACCUGUUGCAGAGUCAUUUUACGAGGAGCUCAAAGAAAAAGCCGAUAUCGGCGAGGUUUCAGGAGACGCCAUUGUUUCAUUCCAAGACGUAUUCUUCACUACUCCAAGAGGACGUUACGAUAUUGACAUUUACAAGAAUUCUAUCAGGCUCAGAGGUAAAACUUACGAGUACAAAUUGCAGCAUCGCCAAAUCCAACGGAUUUUCUCUUUGCCCAAGGCUGAUGACAUUCAUCACCUAAUGGUACUGUCGAUCGAGCCACCUCUACGCCAAGGUCAGACUUCGUACCCAUUCCUGGUAAUGCAGUUCCAAAGAACGGAGGAAACCGAAGUGCAGCUUAAUGUCGAAGAUGACGAAUUCGAGGAGCUUUACAAGGACAAGCUCAUGAAACAGUACGAUGCACAAACACACGUUGUCCUGAGCCAUGUUUUGAAAGGUCUAACGGGUCGCAGAGUUAUUGUUCCUGGUCAAUACAAGUCGAAAUACGAUCAAUGCGCCGUGUCGUGUUCUUUCAAAGCAAACGAGGGUCACUUGUAUCCACUAGAUAGUGCAUUCCUUUUCCUCACCAAGCCUACACUGUACAUGCCUUUCAGCGACGUCAGUAUUGUUAACAUCUCCAGAGCUGGAAAAUCUACCACAUCGGCAAGAACCUUCGAUUUGGAGAUUGUUCUGCGUGCUAACGGCGGGUCCACAACUUUUGCAAACAUCUCUAAAGAGGAACAACAGCUGCUGGAGAACUUUUUGAAAUCCAAAAAUCUGAGGGUCAAGAACGAAGAAAAAGAUGCACAACAAAGAUUGGAAAAUGCGCUGGGAUCUGACAGUGGCGACGAAGAUGUAAAUAUGGGGUCUGCGGGCGAAGACGACGAGUCUGUGGACGAGGACUUUGACGCCGGUUCGGAGGACGAGGAUGUCGCAGAAGAGUACGAUUCUGAUGCACCUGCUAGUGAUAGCGAAGUCGAAGGCGACGAUGACAGUAGACCGGCCAAGAAAUCAAAACUUGAAUGA